AUGACAAACUCUGCUCCACGUGGAGGUAAAUCGCAGAGAGCCUGGCACAAGAACGUCUCAAUUGCUUAUGUACAAGAAGGAAUCCAGUCAACUAGGCUUCCUGCUCACUUCUGUGACUUAACAACGUCCUCCUGGAAAAAGCAUACAGUGUGCCUUAUCUGCGUCGACGUGGGAACACCAUUUCUCAUGGCAGGUUUUCAGACCAUCCCGUGGAGAUUGAUUUCUGGCAUCUUAGGAGUAAUGUGUCUUGUGUUGAUGGCUACCUUGGGAAUGUUGUGGAAAAAUUUAUUUACUAAACCAAGUAUUCAGCCAACACCAUCUCCAGGACCCACCUUAGAACCCCAGAAAGAUUCUUCUUGCCAAAAAAUGUGGACUGGGUACCAAUGCAACUGUUAUUUUAUUUCUAAUGAAAUGAAAACUUGGGAAGAAAGCAAAGAUUUCUGUGCUUCUAAGAAUUCCAGUCUACUUCAGUUACAAAACGACGAUGAAUUGGCAUGAUUUCAUGAACCGUAUAAGGAAUUGUUUUACUGGAUCGGACUCUCUUACAAUAAAGAACGCAGUGCCUGGUUGUGGGAGGAUGGCUCUGCUUCUCUCUCCCAAACUCUGUAA